GCCGGUGCACGGCCUGCCGGGAGGCGGAAGCGGAAGCGCGGGUCUCCCGGGAGCGAUGGCAGCCGGGGGUCCCAGCCGCUCGGAGCGCAAGGCGGCGGAGCGGGUCCGGAGGCUGCGGGAGGAGCAGCAGCGGGAGCGCCUCCGUCAGGUGUCGCGCAUCCUGAGGAAGGCGGCAGCGGAGCGCAGCGCCGAGGAGGGCCGGCUCCUGGCCGAGAGCGAGGACCUGGUGACCGAGCUGCAGGGCCGGAGCAGGCGGCGCGAGGGCCUGAAGCGGCGGCAGGAGGAGGUGUGCGACGACCCGGAGGAGCUGCGGAGGAAAGUGCGGGAGCUGGCCGGCGCCGUCCGGAACGCCAAGUACCUGGUCGUCUACACGGGCGCCGGCAUCAGCACGGCAGCCUCUAUCCCAGAUUACCGGGGCCCUAAUGGAGUGUGGACGCUGCUUCAGAAAGGGAGAAGCGUUAGUGCUGCUGACCUGAGUGAGGCCGAGCCAACCCUCACCCACAUGAGCAUCGCCCGCUUACACGAGCAAAAGCUGGUGCAGCACGUGGUGUCUCAGAACUGUGACGGGCUCCACCUGCGGAGCGGGCUGCCGCGGACGGCCAUCUCGGAGCUCCACGGGAACAUGUACAUUGAAGUCUGUACGGCCUGCACACCCAACAGGGAAUACGUGAGGGUGUUUGAUGUGACUGAGCGCACCGCCCUGCACCGGCACCAGACGGGCCGGGCCUGCCACAAGUGUGGGGCCCAGCUCCGGGACACCAUUGUGCACUUUGGGGAGCGGGGCACGCUGGGGCAGCCUCUGAACUGGGAGGCAGCCACUGAGGCUGCCAGCAAGGCAGACACGAUCCUGUGUUUAGGUUCCAGCUUAAAGGUUCUAAAGAAGUAUCCACGCCUCUGGUGCAUGACCAAGCCCCCCAGCAGGCGGCCCAAGCUCUACAUUGUAAACUUGCAGUGGACCCCGAAGGAUGACUGGGCUGCCCUGAAGCUUCAUGGGAAGUGUGAUGACGUCAUGCAGCUCCUCAUGGACGAGCUGGGCCUGGAGAUCCCCCCCUACAGCAGGUGGCAGGACCCGAUCUUCUCCCUGGCGACCCCCCUGCGUGCGGGUGAAGAAGGCACCCACAGUCGGAAGUCGCUGUGCAGGAGCCGCGAGGAGCCCCCGCCCGGAGAGCGGGCUGCGCCACUUAGCUCCGCCCCGGUGCUGGGAGGCUGGUUUGGCAGGGGCUGCACUAAACGCACAAAAAGGAAGAAAGUAACGUAACCCGGUGCUUGACGGGAACAGUUGGCACUUUGCAGAGGACGGAACGCCUGUUCGUGGGGGGCCCGGCCAGGACUGCCCCGGGGUCCAGCCAGAAUCCUCUGGCCGGAAGCCCCCUUGCACCGCUGUGCGCGUCUCCGGGAGGACGCCUCGCCUGUUGCAGCCUCUGCAUAAAGCGGCGGCGGCCGUGCCGUUCUUUGGGGACACAGCUCGGGUCGUUGCACAGCUGGCCGGCCGAGAGGAAGCGCGGCUGCCUUACCUCAUUCACCAGGCUAGUCUCAGGGGCCUCAACCCUCUUUCUACUACUUCGUACUGAAACCUGUUAACUUUAUAGGAACCUCUUUCCGUGUGGGGUUUGCGGCAGAGGGGUGGUUUUGGGCCUCGGCUCUCAGCAGCCCUUUUUAUUGUUAUUAAACAUCUCAGCACUGUC